CUACCGCGUUGCUACUGGCAACAGACUCCAAACAAACUGAGACAGACUCGGGAAGUCCCUCUGAACAGACCUACAGUCGCACCAGUUUGGGAUAUUUAGCUUACGGAGUUUACUUGCAGUGUCUGUCCUGUCUCAGGUAAAAUGAGCUCACCUUUGUCGAUGCUGAAGAAAACGAGGCGCACUCCUCUGCAGGGCCCUCUGAACGAGCAAUGGGGCAGACAAAAAGUGCCUUUCAGGAGGAAUAUGUUAAAAGAAUUUCAGGCAGCGUUGGCUGAUGAUGAUGAAUCCUCUGAUCCAAAUCCUCCCCUGACCCCUCACACUGCAGCCAAUCAUGUCUCCACUUCAAAGUCAAAAGCCCCAUUAAAGAAAGGUACUCCACCAAGCGACUUUGAGCUAAUGUCUGCCAUGAUGCAGCGGGUGACCCUGCUGGAGAAAACAGUGAAGAGCCAAGCGCAGGAGAUCGAGAGCAAGGAUAAAAGGAUUUCAGUCUUGGAGGACAAACUGAGCCUUCUGAAAGAAUCGGAUCUGAGCACCCGUGAUCUGGGUGGCAGAGACGAUCUUGAAAGAAGAUGCCAACAACUGCAGAAUCAAGUGUGUGAAAUGGAGAGCUUUCUAAAUGACUACGGUUUGAUGUGGGUGGGAGACGGUGAGAGCAGUGACUCAGCUGAAAGUGAGCAGCCACAUGACUUAGAGAGAGGCCUCUGGCAGCCAGACGCCUCUGUGGUCAGGAACAUCCACAUAAACUUUGACCUCGUGCUGCAGAGGAUCAAGGAGCUGAACGUCCUCGCAGGGGAGGGAGAGUGUUUUGUACAAUCCACAGCCACGGGGGCACAAUUGGCAAAAAAGGAUCCUAUUCAACUGAGUCUCUACAGCAACGGGAUUGUCAUGUUUGAUGGUCCUUUCCGCUCCUAUCAGGAGCACAGCACCCAGGAGUGCAUGCAAGAUCUGAUGGACGGGUAUUUUCCGUCUGAGCUUCAAGAAAGAUUUCCAGAUGGCGUGCCUUUUGAGGUUCAUGACAGGCGAGAUGAGGAAUUCAUCUUCAGGCUACCGUGGAAUAAAUUUCCUGGUGAAGGACAGGCUGUUCGUGGGGAAAAAGGCAAGAAGUUGAGCACGGAUCAGUUCCUGAACAGGUUACCAAAGGUGGUAGUAAAGGCCGGUCGUGUGAUCGAUAUCAGGGACUCGCUGAGGGCUACCCUGCAGGGUUCAUCUGAUGCCCCGAGCAGCAACUCAGUGAUCCUCAUAGACACACCGGCACUGCAAGCCAUGAAAGAGAGACUGCAGACAUUCAGCCCCGAGCGGCCCUCGUCUGCCCGUGAUGUUAUCACUCUCAAGGUGAAGACAGAAGAUGGGAAUCAUGCUUACAUAUUGAAAAUGUGCUUCUCAGAAACAGUCGGACACCUGCGACAGUAUCUGGACAAACACAGAGGGAGUGGUCUCCCUGGUUACGACAUCAUCAGUGCGUACCCACAGUGCUGCUUCGAUGACGACUGCCAGACGCUCCAAUCAUGUGGGCUCAUGACUAACGCUACUCUGCUGCUGCGAAAGAGGCAACACCCUCAUUCACUCACCGAAGUCAAUAAAAUAAACCUAUAAAAAGGUUA